AUGGCAAGAACAGGGGGAGUCCACGAGGCCGUCGAGUCGAAAGGCUUGUGUUCAGACGAGUGCGUUUGUUAUCUGGUUAAAUGCCCUGCUUCAGGAAUGCAGUUGUCCGCAGACGAAGGUUCUGCGUGUGGAGAGACGAAGGGACCCCAGCGCUCUGCGUCUGCUCUGGCCUUGAUAGGGAAGAUUCUGGAAAAGGACAUUGUGGCUGAGAUCAUAGACAGCAGAGCAAAGCAGAAGGAUGCCUGCUGCCUGUGGCCUAGAGAAUGGCACUACACUGAACAAGGUGUCACAGACUCUAGCGCACGUUGGAACUGCUGCUGGAUAAACUCUGUGCUACGUGAGAACGGCCAGAGUGCCGCGCGGGCUUACUACCCACCUGAAGUGAGUAGUGAAUGUAGUAUGGACAAGGCAAUGCUUGAAUUUGCUAUCAUGGAUCGCCAACUGAACCAUUACAUAAAGGCUGUUCAAUCUGCAAUAAAUCAUGUAAAAGAAGAGCGUCCAGAAAAUAUCCCAGAUUUAAAAUUGCUAGUGGAGAAGAAAUUUUUGGCUUUACAGAGCAAGAAUUCUGAUGCAGACUUUCAAAAUAAUGAAAAAUUUGUGCAGUAUAAGCAGCAGCUAAAAGAACUAAAGAAGCAAUGUGGUCUUCCAGCUGACAGAGAGGCUGAUGCACCUGGAGUGGAUGAAGACAUGAUUGUGACCCAAAGCCAGAUGAACCUUGUCUGUCCCAUCACCCAGCUGGAAAUGAAGAAGCCGGUGAGGAAUAAAGUGUGCGGCCACACCUACGAGGAGGAGGCCAUUCUGCGCAUGAUCCAGGCCCGGCACAAGCGGAAGAAAAAGGCUUGUUGCCCUAAAAUCGGCUGCAGCCACACGGACAUGAGACGGUCAGACCUCAUCCAGGACGAGGCGCUCAGAAGGGCGAUCGAGAACCACCACAAGCGGAGGCAGCGGCACUCGGAGUAGGCUGGGCUGCCCAGGCACGUUGGCCCCCGACCCUGCCCAGGCCCGCCCAGAGCCCGACUGCUCCCGGCACGCAGGGCCUGACUGCACAGCCUGCUGUCUGGGAGAAAGCCCGCUUGAUGGCUUCAGUGUGAUGGAAUUCGUCGUUCUGGGUUGCACAACAGAAAUGCAACCACAUGCUAUUUGUAAGUGUUUUGUGAUGUUAAAUAAAACGUUGACUGUCUGCA